AUGUUUUUAAACAACAUCAUAACACGCUCUGUAUCUUCAUCAACAACAAGUUUGGAAUCGAAUAGUGAACAAACUGUUGACAAACCAUCAUUGAUCAAUCGUUGUCUAUCAUUCAAUGAAUUAUCAUCAUCAACAACAACAACAACAACUGUAAAAAAGAGAGGUAGAAAACGGCGAACGAGUAACAGUGAAAACACAACAAUAGAUCAACAGCCACAGCAGUUAUUUGAAGCUAUCGAAGACACUCUUGUAGACGAUAACAGUAAUAAUAGUAUUGAAUGUAAUCAAUGUUCAAAAAUAUUAGCAAGUGAGUUUGGUCUCAUUCGUCAUUUCGAUAUGCAUCAUCCAACAUUAUCUGUACUUUGUUCUCAAUGUAAUAUUGUAUUUAAAUCUCAUCGUUCACUAAAAUCACAUCUUCAUCGACAUCAUUCCAAACAUUUAUAUCAUCAUCAUUCGAGAUAUCGUGAUCUUCCUGAACAAUCAUCAUUAUCACGGUACAAUACACGAACAGCAGCAAACAUUACAACAACUUUCACAUCAUUGGAUUAUCUUCCAAAUUAUUCUUAUAUUACCUCUUAUUUGAUUGUGGCAUUUUCGUCAAAACAGUUUCCAAUUAUAGCCAAAUUGGCCUGUGAACAAAAACGUUUACCAUUAGGUGUUUUAACCUCCAAAUUAUAUCAAUGUACUCAAUGUUCAAUGUCUUUUCCAUGUUCAAGAACAUUGAGAUAUCAUUCUGUGACACAUCAUGAUCAUAGUGAAGCUCGUACGUGUAGUAACACAUUAGAAUAUAUUAUUAGCCAACUAGAAGAUGAAGAUAUACAAUCGAGUUAUGAAAUAUUAAAUGUGAUAAUAAUAACAAUUGAAACGAAUGAACGAAAACCAAAACAAGAAAUAGCAGGAAUUAUUCAACAAAGCAAUUUUAAACCUCAUCAUAGUCCGCUAACAACAACGGUCAGAACAGUAACGACUUGUUCGUCAUCAGAAAACACAACAAUUAGUGUUGGAGGUGACGAUGAUUCUGGAUUUGGAAGUGAAUAUUAUUUAUCACCCUUAUCUGAUAUUAUGGAAUGUAAUAUGAGUGCGAGUACAAUUUUUCAAAGUCUUAGACCAAUAUCGAAUAUUUCCAACGAACAACAACAGGAUCAAUUACAUCCAUCUCAACAGUGCUCAACCGAUGAUGAUUUAAAUGAUUUUGACUCGUUUUCUUCGUUAUUAUCUUCGUGUGCUUAUCAAUUUGGCCUUGUCGAUAAAAGACUAUCAAAAAAAUUGACAAAAAUUAAAUUACAACAACAACGUCAUAUUCAACCACAAUGUUUACAUCCAGAAAAAACGUGUGCAAAUCUUUGCUCCUCACAUUUAUCAUCUUAUAGUGCGUUAAUUGGAAAUUAUGCAUUCGAUUCUCAGAUAACAUCGAUACCAAAAGGUAGUCUUGGACAAAUUGUACCCAAACUACCAGCUAAACGUCCACCAUUACUAACAACCAUUGUUCCAACUGUGAUUCCAUCUUUAUUUUCUACAAGUAUUAUUACCACUACUACUACUACUACUACUACUACUAUUACUCCUGCUACUGUUACUCCUGCUACUAUUACUCCUGCUAUUAUUACUCUGCCUAAUGAACAAACAACGAUAAUGAAACGCAGAUAUCAAAAACAGAAUCGUGCUGUCACAUCUCCUGUGGCAGACACACAAUUGGUACCUGUCACAUCUACCCCACAGUUUUCUCAAGAAUUAGAACAGAAAAAUACCAUUGCUGUCAAAGGAGAAAACAGAUCAGUUUAUCUUAAUGAAAGGACGAUCAGAAAAUCUAGUAAACCUAAUAAUAUACACAAAAAAUCCACGAAAGUGAAAGAAAAUGAAGUACAACAACAGAAGAAAUCAAAAUCACUUGUGAAAACACAAAAGAAGCGAGCGUUCGAUUUGAUUGAUACUUCUGUAACUAUAUCAAAACGUUUUCAAAUUUCACCACCAUCUAAUAGUCAAUCAUUAUCAAAAACAUCAUUAUUUCCUAAAUCAAUUUUACCACGAAAAUCAUCAAAAGAAAAAUGUAAAAGUAUUUCCAGACUAGUAGCCACACCAAUUCAUCAAUCUCAUCGUAAAAAACGUAUUUUAUCCCCUCUUAUCAAAACACCCAUCUCAUCAAUUGUCAAACAUCAAACAUCGACACAUGUCAAAGUUGAAGAAAAGCAGAAAAAACGUCGUAAAAAAGAAUCUGUCCAAGUGAGUGAUGAACAAGAAAAUGAAGAUGACGAUAACGAACCAUUAUCGACGUAUCAACGAAAACAACGUCAUGCUUCAAAUGGUUCAAAUCAUUCUGUUGAAUACGUACAAACAAUUGAAUUGAACAAUAUUGAAAAUACCAAAGAUGUUAAAAAUACGAACGAAUGUACAAUUAUCGACUUAGAAAAUAAUGAACAUGUAGAAUAUUCAACAUCGCCGAAAACAGUGAACAAAGGAGAUGAUGAAAUAGUGAUUUGUAAUUCACCAUCACCAAAGAAAAAAUAUUCAAAGUUUGAUCAGAUCAUUCAUUUAUUUAUUUGUAUUUAUUUUUAUAUUAAGACUAUACACAAUGAUGAAGAUGAUAUUUUAUUUCGUUGCAAAGUUUGUGCAGAUAUAUUAUAUGGACGAAAAAAUUUUGCCAAUCAUGUUUUUAACACUCAUCCAACAUUAUUAAAACAAAAUUUAGCUAAAAAACAAGUGACAACAACUAGAUAA